AUGUCUGAGACAUAUCUAAAACAAGUGAUCGACAAACCUGUGUCUGAAGACGGGAAGGGCCCGAACGUGACAUUUGCCGCCUCUUCAGUGCAGGGCUGGCGUAGCACUCAAGAGGACGCACACAUCUGUUUGCCAUCAUUUGACAAAAACGCCAGUCUUUGGGCCGUUUUGGACGGACAUAACGGCGCAGAAGUGGCUCUCUUUGCGUCCAAACGACUCCCGAAACUGCUUCUCGACAACAAGAACUACAAGGAAGGCAAGUAUGAGAUCGCUCUUCAGGAGGCGUUCAUGGCUUUCGACGAUCUUCUUCUCACUCCGGACUCGAUUCAAAAGCUGAUAACCAUUAGAAAGUCUUACAGUAAGCUUCCGAUCAUUAACGCCAACGCGCCCGCCAUCGCCAGCGGCUGCACCGCGAGUGUGGUUCUCAUUAAAGACAAUAUCAUAUAUUGCGCUAAUUUGGGUGACUCUCGCAGUAUAUUGUGUCGGAACGGAAAGGCGUUUCCGCUCUCCGUUGACAAUAAGCCGGAAGACGACGAAGAGAAGGCUCGCAUCGAGAGAGCGGGCGGACACGUGACAGAGAGCGGACGCGUCAACGGAGGGAUUAACGUCUCGCGAGCUUUUGGUGACCAUAUGUUUAAACGCAACCAAAGCAUGUCGAAGAAGGAACAGAUGGUGAUCGCGUGGCCAGUGGUUAAGACAGAACCGUUGACACCGAACGACAGUCUAAUGGUUCUCAUAUGCGACGGCGUCUGGAAUGCUGUUCCGCCCGACGAACUCAUCGCAUACGUCAGCCGAAGAACAACAAAACAUAAACAACUGUCAAAGAUAUGCGAAGAAGUGUUCGCACAGAUACUGCCCAAAGAGAUGCCAAAGCACGGCAUCAUCGGUAAGGAUAACAUGACAUUCCUUAUCGUUAAGUUUGAGUCGACGGCUGCUUUCAAGCGGACGAAUAGCGUUUCCCCGAAUGCCGGCCAAAAACAGAGGGCAGUCGAAGACAUGGAAUCGGAAAAAGUCGGAUAA